UAUAAGAAUUGCUGGUCUAAAUGCUUGUUGCCAUGGCAACUUUGGAAUACAAACUCGAAUAGCGAAAUUACUUGGGAAUUGUUUUAACUUCAUGACCUGAGCGAGCAUGGAUCCACUAUACCUUGCUCUCACAUGCUUCAGGAAACGUAAAUUUGACAGGUGCAUAGAAAUAUGUACCAAUUUAUUGGCUAGAAACCCCUAUGAUCAGGCCCCUUGGUCGUUGAAAAUGCGUGCGUUGACGGAGCAAGUUUGGGUUGACGAAGUCGAGGGCGAAGAAGAGGUCCUGGCCGACGCCCUCAUGGAUGACAACAGCAUCGCCACCGUCGCCCGUCCUGGGACGUCUCUGCGAACGGCUCCUCCGUCUACAGCAGGCCAGGGGCCGUCGCAGGCUGUACGGCCCAGCACCCAGGGUGGUCGUCCGCUGACCGGAGUGUUGAGGCCAGGCACGCAGGGCGGCCGGCCAGGGACCAUCGACCAGGCGCUGAAGACCCCACGGACGGCGCAUACAGCAAGACCUGUGUCUGCUGCCACUGGUAUGAUGGUUCUCUCUAAGGUCCAGACCCGUGUCUGGACCCAGACCCGUGUAUGAUGGACUGGUAUGAUGGUAUGCCAAUAUAAACUGGGGCUUUACAGCGACGCUGAGAAGCAGUUUAAGUCAUCAAUAGCGCAACAAGAGCACAUCACCACGUACCUCCUGCUGGGGCGGGUCUACGUGAGGCUAGACCAGCCCAUCACUGCCCUCGAGGUCUACAGCAACGGUCUACUCCACUUCCCGCAGGAGGUCUUCCUCACCACUGCCAUUGCCAGGAUCCAUGAAGGCCUCAACGACCUGCCCAUGGCGGUCACCUACUACAAAGAUGUCCUCAACAGCGACUCCACAAACAUUGAAGCAAUAGCAUGUAUAGCAACCAACCACUUCUACUCGGACCAGCCUGAGCUCGCCCUCAGGUUCUACAGACGACUGCUGCAGAUGGGCAUAUACAACUGCGAGAUCUUCAACAACCUGGGCCUGUGCUGCUUCUAUGCUCAGCAGUAUGACAUGACACUUAACUGCUUCGAGCGAGCCAUUGGACUCGCCACCGACGAGAGCGUAGCUGACGUGUGGUACAACCUUGGCCACGUCGCUCUGGGAUUGGGUGACAUAAAUCUUUCCUACCAAUGUUUCCGUCUGGCACUCGUGUCCAACAACGACCACGCAGAAGCGUACAACAACUUAGGCGUGUUGGAACAUAGACGUGGCAACCUCGAAACUGCCAGAGCAUUCUUCAUGACGUCAUCGUCGCUCGGACCGCAUCUAUUCCAACCACUUUACAACCACGCUAGUUUGUCUGACUCGUUGGGAGACCUCCAGGCGAGCUACGUGAUAGUCCAGAGGGCACUAGCCAUCUUCCCCGAACACGUCGACUCCAAAGAACUCCUCCAGCGCCUCAAGGUCCACUUUCAGACCUUGUAGCCCUGCCCUCUUCCAGACCUUGUAGCCCUGCCCUCCUCCACCACCUCAGGGUCCACAUCCAGACCUUGUAGCCCUGUCCUACUCCAGCGCCUCAGGGUCCACUUCCAGACCUUGUAGCCCUGCCCUCCUCAACCACCUCAGGGUCCACAUCCAGACCUUGUAGCCCUGUCCUACUCCUGCGCCUCAGGGUCCACUUUCCAGACCUUGUAGCCCUGCUCUCCUCCAGACCUUGUAGCCCUGCCCUCCUCCACCACCUCAGGGUCCACAUCCAGACCUUGUAGCCCUGUCAUACUCCAGAGCCUCAGGGUCCACCUCCAGACCUUGUAGCCCUGCCCUCCUCCAGCACCUCAGGGUCCACUUCCAGACCUUGUAGCCCUGUCCUACUCCAGCGCCUCAGGGUCUACUUCCAGACUCUGUUGCUCUGCCCUCUUCGUAAAACAACGCCCCGCGCUAAUCACCCUCACCGUACCCUCGCUAUGCUAAUCAACAACAACGCCUGGUCCUCCUCACAACAUUCCAGACCCUGCGAUGCUAUUUAUUAACCACUUAUUUAGACGCACCCGGAACGUGAGGUGGCAUCGAAACCCAAAUUACUCUUCAAAGUCUGCGGUGCGGUGACACCUUCCCGUUGCUCAUUACAUCUGCAAUCAGGCCUGCCAACGCCACAGUCGGCGGUGGCCGGGGGCGGCGCCAACUCAUUGGUGUGGUUGUCAGAAUGUGGAAUAAGAUUAAAUUUUGCGGAACUCUGAACACUGUGAAAGAUUUUUCUUUAAUCAAGAACUUGAUUUUAAUAAAAUUCUAAACAACGUGGAGGGUUUCAUAUCAAUUUCUUUGUUAGUUUUUCUUAACAUUUUUAUUAGUUCACUCUUCUAACACCAUACAAAAUUCAAAUAACAAACUGUACAAAUGCUGUCAUUCUGUAUUCAAUGCGAAGCAAACACUUAACAUAAAUCGUCACGCAUAUGCAUCAGAAAUCUGGGUUGAUAAUACAAAUUUAAUAAAACGUAAAAAGAAUUAAUACAUUCGUCAAUUUGAAAAAUAAAUCACUGCCAGUUUACGUAUCUUCUGACUAUCGAUUUUUAAUAAAAUGGGAGAGAAAUAUGAGCGGAAAUUUCAUCCCAUCAUCUGUGAUAUAAUAAUAUAAGAUAAACCAAUAUUAAAAAAUUCCAGUUAUAUACCAUGAACAAACGUGCGUCAGAUGUAAAAGAGUCACUCGAAAUGUACACUCAACAACUAGAAGUAAUAUAAAUGCAUAGUAAAUCACAAGUCACUUCACAUGAUGAUCAAUAACACUGGGUCAAGAUGAGCUUGCCGCUCGUCCUCCGGCAGCAGCGACAUCUUCAGCUCCAGCAGACGAUCCAGCGUCGCCGUGUCGCGUAGUUUCGACAGCGGAACCUGUGAGGAUAUUGUCCCUUGAUAUUCAAUUUGACAAGUUUUCUUUAGUUUAAAAACUCUUAACGUUCACAUGGAUGCCACCAGGCAUUCGUGAAAGGGUCAAGCAGCUAAAGGAAACUUUAAAAAGUGUUUUGCGGCGUUGUAACUUAUGGUAUUCACAUUAGUACUUGCAAAAAAAAAAAUUCUUUAAAGUUUUCUUGAAUUAUUGAACUUUUGGAGGAAAACUUCGAUAAGUGCAACAUGCAAAAUCAGACGCCGAGCAUUCGUCACACGCAUCGUUAUUUGAUUCCGCUUGUAAUCGAUACGUUUCGACAAGUAAAUAUAUCAAUAUGUGCUCUCAUAAUUGGCAGGAAAUCGUGGUAAGCUAAGUAGUUAUCUUGUGUAAUUCGCAAUAAACAUUUAAAACAAC